AUUGAACGUCUAUCUCAAACGACAAUACCGGCGUGGGUAUGGCCCAGGAUUUACUGUAUUAUUUCGAGGAGUGGGCUAUUCUGUGAGACCUUAGCCCCUGUCGCAGCCUUAACGCGCCCCACUUGCCGCUGUCACGACGACCACGACGAUCAUCACCACCCCCUCAUUUACUUCCCACUUACCAACCAACAAGGGCUGUAUUUUAGGUCUACGAGAAGUUAUAAAUGAUUUGUUGUACAUACGAUAGGCAUAUCGGAAUAUCAACGUCAGCGGUCUGUUCCUCCAGCUCUCCCACCCAUGCCGAGUCUCAAAAGAUGGCUCCGAAACAACCUGUCGUGGAGUUCUACUCAGGCAGAGCCAGUCCUAGAUCCUCUUCCAUUCCUUCCUGUUGAAAGACCGAGUAUUUUAACACCGUCGCCAUCGAAGGAGAACCUCGCGUCAUCAAUGGAUAGCUAUGGCUACUUCCAGCAUCUCCCAUAUGAAAUACGUCGGCAGAUCCUUACCGAGGCGCUUGGCGGGCGCACCUUGCACGUGGACCUAACAUAUCUCAAUCGACCUGUCCGUAAGAAAGGAAAAUAUAUGAUUGGAAAAGAUGGGGCUUAUGCGUAUGCGAAAAGCAAAACCUGGGGGUGGUACUCUUGCGAGUGCCACCAGACUGAUAGUUUGUUGCCGGAUGGCAUCCCCCGCAGAAACUUCGGCGAGGAACGAUGGAUCACGAAUCAGAGGAAACUUCCAUGUGCUGGUGGAUGCAAAGAUGGGCGGAAUCAUAGAGAGUGUGGGCCGGAGGUGGACGACAAACAACCUCUGAGGUGCCGCGUUAACGCUAUGGGAUGGAUUUUGGCGUGCAGACAAGCGUAUGCUGAUGGUGUUGAUAUUCUGUUCUCAACGAAUAAUUUCCACAUGGAUAAUUUCGACCUGCUACUACACCUUCCACGCUUAAUUCUGCCCCAGAGAUUACGAAGCAUCGAAUCUAUGGAAGUUUCCUGGACUUUUAGACCUACAGCGACAACGGACAAACCAUUGAACGUUCUUUGGAAUGACCCUACGACGAAAGACUCGGCGCUACAUGAGCUGUGCCGGAUGGUCCCAGAAUUAUUUCCCCGCGUUCGCCAACUCGACAUAAACAUCCUUGGCGAAUUGAGACUAAGGCCAGAUACCCACAGCACAGUUAUCGAUUUAGGUGGCAUAGAAACUGUCUUUCUGGGCCCUAUUGAAGACAUGGUACGAGCUCUAGGACCUGGACGAGAAGUAUGCAUCGCUAUCCAGCAGACGGUUUUUCACAUCUUGUUCAUGGAGAAGCUAGAAUUGUACGGCCAAGACCUCAAGCAGGAUAUUUAUAAUCCGUAUAAUAUUCGCUUUUGGAAGGAGCUUGAUCCUGAUAGUGGGUUGGGGUACUGGAUUUGCGAUGGGGCUCCUGAUCAAUGUCAAGUGGGGAACAUCUAUUUCAAUAAUUACUAAGCUGUG